AUGAUAUCUUAUGAAAAUAAGGUUAUUCUAGCGCCUAUGGUUCGAAUUGGAACCUUGCCUAUGCGACUCCUAGCUCUUCGAUAUGGUGCCGAUAUUGUAUAUUCUGAAGAAUUAAUAGAUUGGAAGUUCUUACGAUCUAAACGCAGGUAUAAUGAUAUCCUUAAUACAGUGGAUUUCGUUGAUCAAACAGAUGGAACAAUAGUUUUUCGUACAUGUGCUGAAGAAAAAGACAAAGUUGUUUUACAACUUGGUACUUGUUGCCCAGAAAGGGCAUUAAAAGUGGCUAAACUAGUUGAAAAUGAUGUAGCUGCAAUUGAUAUCAACAUGGGCUGUCCUAAAGAAUUCUCCAUUAAAGGUGGAAUGGGAGUUGCACUAUUACAAGAUACAGAUAAGGCUUGUUGCAUAUUGAAGACCUUAGUUGAUAAUUUAUCAAUACCAGUGAGUUGUAAGAUUAGGAUAUUUGAUACACCAGAAAAAACCUAUGAUGUUGUUAAAAAACUAGUUAAUACUGGUAUAAAGGCUAUAGCUAUUCAUGGCAGAACCCGUGAUGAAAGACCUCAGCAUGCAGUGCACACAGAUAUCAUUCAUUAUAUUGCAGAUAGGAUAUCAAUCCCUGUUAUAGCAAAUGGAGGAUCAAAGGAAAUAGAAAAAUAUGCAGAUAUUUUAAAAUUUAAAGAAGUGACUGGUUGCAAGAGUAUUAUGAUUGCAAGAGCAGCUGAAUGGAAUUGUUCAAUAUUUAGAAAAGAUGGCCUACUUCCCAUGGACACAGUAAUCAAAGAUUAUCUCAAACUUGCAGUUGAUUAUGAUAAUUCACCUUCAAAUACAAAAUAUUGUAUCCAAAAUAUUUUACGGGAUUUACAAGAAACUCCAAGAGGAAGAAAAUUUUUAGAGUGUCAAACUUUGGAACAAAUAUGUGCUAUAUGGGAUUUAGAAAAGUAUUGCCAAGAGAAACAGAAUGACUAUCAAAAGAAAGGCAUACAAGGAAGAUGGCAAGUUAGCCCUGAUGAUUUAGAACCUCCAAAUAAGAAAUUAAGAGUUGAGGAUAUUAAUUUAGAAGAUGUUAUUAAAAUGAAGGUAAGCUUUAUUCGAGCAAAUUUUAAUGAUCUUAAUCUACCUAAAGCUCAACUUCAUGCAUGGGCUGGAAAAAAAGGUCUCCAGCUGCCAACUUAUAAAACUCAUCAGAUUGAAAAGUUAUUUUGUUCAAUACUUGCAUUUGAUGGAAAGAAGUAUACAUCAACAUUUUGGGAAAAAAAUAAAAAAUUUGCUGAACAAGGUGCAGCUUUAGUAGCGCUAUAUCAUUUGGAAUUGAUAACAGAGGAAGAUUUAAUAAAAUUUGGCAGUAUAAUAAAA